UUCCGGAGUUGGCCACGGGCUGGGCUCCUUACGGGGUCGGACCUCGACCCCUCGGGUCCGGGCCGCCGGAUGCCGGCGCGCAGGGGGUCCCAGCCUUCCCAAAGGAUGGGUCAAAAAAAACAGCGACUGGCAGAGGCAGAGCAGCUGCAGAGCCCAGCAGAUGCAGCCCAGACACCUUCCCCCAAGGACCCCUGUGUGGAAAUGCCCGCAAUCCCGGGCCCUCAACGCAGCAUCUAUUUUUCAAGCCCAAAGGGCCACCUUACCCGACUGGGGUUGGAGUUUUUUGACCAGCCGGCAGUCUCCCUAGCCCGGGCAUUUCUGGGACAGGUCCUAGUCCGGCGACUCGCCAAUGGCACAGAGCUCCGAGGCCGUGUUGUGGAGACUGAGGCAUACUUGGGGCCAGAAGAUGAAGCUGCCCACUCAAGGGGUGGCCGGCAGACCCCCCGCAACCGAGGCAUGUUCAUGAAGCCGGGGACCCUGUAUGUGUACAUCAUCUAUGGAAUGUACUUCUGCAUGAACGUCUCCAGCCGAGGGGACGGGGCUUGCGUCCUGCUGCGCGCGCUGGAGCCCCUGGGGGGCCUAGAGACCAUGCGGCAGCUUCGCACCACCCUCCGGAAAGGGACCACCUGCCGUGCCCUCAAGGACCGUGAGCUCUGCAGUGGUCCCUCCAAGCUGUGCCAGGCCCUGGCCAUCGACAAGAGCUUUGACCAGAGAGACCUGGCCCAAGACGAGGCCAUCUGGCUGGAGCAUGGCCCCCCAGGGCCCAGUGAGCCAGCUGUGGUGGCAACAGCCCGGGUGGGCGUUGGCUAUUCAGGGGAGUGGGCCCAGAAGCCCCUGCGCUUCUACCUCCGGGGCAGCCCUUGGGUCAGUGUGGUGGACAGAGUGGCUGAGCAGGAGGCACAGGCCUAAGCAAAGGGCCUGCUCAGAUAAGGCUUUUUAACUGUUUACAAACCAAAUAAAUGCUUUAUUUCUAGAAAA